UGCGCGCACUGGAGGCGCUCUACUCUCUCGUCCUCCCCGCUCGACUGUGGAUACAGACAAUUGAGCAUGAGACUCCAUCACAGAGUGCUUGGCUGUGGCUGCUGUUUGCUAUUCUUUUUCUUAUUAGUGCCCACCGUCAAUGAGUUGAUGUGGAAUCGUUCAAUCUGCCAUUCAGAAAAUUCAGGGAUUAUAGCUUCAUCUGCUCUCAGUUCUAACACCCACCACACAAGCAGAGAUAUACUAAUGGGGCUACCAAAGGACAACGAAGACUCGCAUACCCUGGCCCUCUCUGAACAUCCCGACAUUGAAAUUAGAGGCAAGUUCCAGAAGGAGCGGAUGAAGGAGUUCUGCAAAAAGCAUGUGUUUGUGAGAGAGAGUCUUCCCAGUGAUCCGCCCACUGCAAAGCUGUUCUAUCGUCAUCUCAUAUUUGAGGAGCACACUCAGUCCAUGUUCUGCUUCGUCCCCAAGAUUGGCUGCACCAACAUGAAGCGUCUGAUGCUGUACAUGGGAGGCCACCUGCCUCUCGACACACUGGACUGGCCGUGGGUGGAGGACAGCAAGUACUUGGAGCCAGCUCUCAAGCACGCCUCGCUCAUGAACGUCACUCUAACACAACUACAGCGACUAACAAUGAUGCACACUUACUACAAGUUCAUGAUAGUCCGUAACCCCCUGGACAGGCUGGUGUCAGGCUACAGGAACAAGAUCGAGCCGCCAUUGGACUUCCAGAAGCAGGACUCUUUCCCUCACAAGAUCAAAAAGGAGAUCCUAAUGCGAUUCCAACUACGAGAGUUUCUCCAGUGGAAGCAGGCAUUCAAAACUAAGCCAUACAACAUAUCAGUGUCGUUCCAGCACUUUGUACACUACCUGAUAUACACUCCCACAGAGGACCUAAACGAACACUUCCAGACCUCGAUGGAUAUCUGCCAUCCUUGUGUAGUCGACUUUGACUUUUACGGGAACUUCAGAAAUUUCUCUCACGAUACACAAGCCCUCAUCAUAAAGUUCAAGACUGAUCCACGUUACUACAGAGACGAGAGUCUGCACGGUACGGGAGAUAAGACUGCACAUGUACUGCCACACUACUACAACCAGCUGACCUUCCGGGAGAAAGUGAAACUUAUUGGUGUAAUCUAUGACGAGUUGGCUUUCUAUUAUACACUCUAUCCCUCUGAACGUUUCAGUCAUGUUUCACUUCUUGGAGUCAACAUUCCCAUUGUAUAGGCAUUCUGCAAAUGAUUGAUGUCACCAAUUUUCAUAUCUCAUCCUGAUCACGCUAUGAUGAUUUCACUCCAUUAUUUUAUAAUCGGUGAUACUAUGCUAUAAUAUCUCCUCCAGAUCACAAUAUUUUAAUGAUCACUUGUGACGUUAUAUAAAUUUCACCCAAGUCAUGAUUAAAAACAAAAGUUGUAAAUAACAAAAUAU